AUGACACAAUUUCCAAGAGAAAGUGGGAGAUUGAUUUCUCUUAGAACAUUAAGUCAUUUCAUUAUAAGUGGUAAGGAUGAUAAAGAAGGAUGUAAACUUGGUGAAUUAAAAAAUUUAAACCAGCUUCAAGGUACCCUUAGAAUACAAUGGUUGGGAAAUGUGGUAGAUGUAUGUGAGGCCAAGCAUGCACAGCUCAAGAAGAAGACACACCUCCGUGGUUUGUAUCUAGGGUUUGAAGGAGAAGAUGAAAAUGAUAGAAGAAUUAAUAAUAAUGUAUUAGUUCUAAAUGACUUAGAGCCACAUCCAAACUUGGAAUAUUUAGAGAUUUAUGACUAUCAAGGCACCACGCUAUAUCCUAAUUGGAUGAUGUCUUUGGCGAAAUUGAAAACGCUUCUUCUCUUUGCAUGCCCAAAGAUAAAGGGUUUGCCUCCCCUGGGGAAGCUACCAUUCCUUGAAUCAUUAAGCAUAAUUGAUGUGGAUAGUUUGGAAAAGGUGGGUGUUGAAUUUUUGGGAUUGGAAUCCAAAUACAAGAAGGACAAUAUAUUCCCACACUUGAAAUCUCUCAAAUUUAGUUUUUUGAAAGAGCGGAAAGAAUGGGUUGGGAUUGGAGGAAUGAGCAAUGAAGAAAUUAAUGGUGUUACUAUAAUGCCAUGUCUUCAAGACUUGACAAUUUCUAGAUGCCCCAAGCUAAAAGUUCUGCCAUAUUUUCUUUGUACAACUCCAUUGAAGAAACUAGAUAUCUUUCAAUGUCCAAUUCUGGGUGAACGUUACCAAAGAGAGAUAGGAGAGGAUUGGUCCAAGAUUUCUCAUAUCCCAAACAUCAAAAUUGAUUGGAAGUUUAUGCAAACAGAUGAUGGUGAAUGUGAUGCUUGA